AUGGAUACUAUCAAUUCUUCCUUUCAAACUAGUUCCGGUGACGAUGAGAGCACGUCAGAUAACGCUGUGUACUCCUCCGUACCACACUUCGUUAUCUUAACCAUCAAAAUGAUUGUUAUCGGUUUACUCCAAAGCACCCCAACAAAGGCUGAGAUUCGUGAUCCCACAGUCCUUUGCUUCUUGUCCUUCUGCCUCAUCUAUUUCGUCCUUCUCGUACAAGAAGCAAAGCUCAGACGAAACCAAUCUCUCACUUACCACUUUGUUAGGAAGGCAAGUCAUUUCUUUGGCGUAGCCGCGGUUAACAUCCUCGUCUCGCUCAUUUCUCCUAUCUUCGCCCUCGUCGUUGCUAUUAUGUGUGUCUUUUGGUUCCUCUUCGUUACGUACUAUACCAAGCACAACCAGAACGCUGAAACUGCUGUCAAUCAAUCUGAUGAUCCGAUUCCUCCAGUCUAA